AUGGUCUCCACCGCGGCGGAGGAGGGCGAGGACCCGCGCUGGAGGAGGAACAGCAUGGUUUUAUGCUUCAUAAAUCAGUAUGCUGAUGCUUGGUACUAUAAUCAUGUGACCUACCAGAUCAAGGCCCGGAUACACAAGAGGCAGUACCAAGCAGCUACUACUCUCCGGCGACAGCAACAACAAGAUGAAGUUGUUGAUCCUGCUGAGGCGCGCCGCUGUCAUCGGGAUAUUUGUGAGGGGAAGCGCCCUUUUCGAGAGAUUCCAGAGAAGAAGUAUGUUUUGGGCACGCCGCCUCCUGGUCUGAGUGGUGUUUCAGCUGGUGCUCUGCUGGGGGUCUCUGUCCUGUAUCUUCCUCGUGUGGUGCUUCUGUUUCACAUGUCCAUUGUCGGUCUUCCUAAUUCUGUUGUCUUGCCUACAGUUGCUGCGGCCCCUCUCUUUGCUGGUGCAUUGGCUGCUGUGCUAGAUAUUUCGUCUUUGGGCUCUUCUUGCUUGGUGGAUAUUCAUAUGUACGGAGAUGCUGGCUGCCCAUCUAUUUUGCAAAGGACAAUUUCUUCCAGUUCUAAUGUGCGCACGAGUGGGGGGCGUCAGGGUUUGUUGUCAGCUAGCUGUCUGAAUCUUCGUGCUUCGGAUUUGUCUCAUGAUCUGCUGCACGUACGACACGUACGACAAGGGGACAACAGAAUUCUACUGAAUUGUGGCGGCGCCAUCGAGAGAUUCAUGAAUGAAAUGUCCUGUGUUGGGUUCUUCAGAUUAUGCCUGAACCAGCAGGAGCCUCCGAAGCAGCAAGAGAGUAAUGGAUGGGGAAACUGGCAGAUCCGUUUGUGUGGACGACAGCUCGAUGGUGGCAACUCGGCUAGGUUUGCCGUGAGAAGGCCAGACUACGCGAGAGAUUUGGCGUGUGUAGUUUAUGUUGUUGGUAAUUACGGUGGAGUGUGGUUAGAUUAUCAGCUUUUCUAGAUGCAUAGGGCAUCGAAGGAGCGGUGGAUAUGAGCUCCUACGGCAAAACUACUGCGCCUUGAGCAACGUCAGAGGAGCCGGCUCCCGCUGAGAAUACAUUUUAUUUUCUCUAGCCGAUUAAUUCCAUUAAUUAAUGAGGGCUAAUGCACCCCGGGAGCAGCUGCCAAGAUGGAAGUUUGUAGCAAAUAGGACGCCUUCCAUCAAAGGGAAACUACGGCCAACUCCGCUCUGGUUGGCCGGUGAUGCAUGACGAGGCCAAUGGACAGCUCGGUGCUACACAAAUGAAUCAAGGAGAACAUAUUAACAGACCAGCAACGUGCUAGGAGGCCAACAGGAGCAUUACCUGGUGUUGACCGGCGGGCAAAUGACAUCAUAUAUGUUUUUGUCCAACCAAGGUAACCCUCCAAACAGUGCCCUGAUAGUCAUAUAUUCCUUAAUGUUUUGGCCUGGAAACAAGUUUAGUUGCAACUCUUUUGCUAUCAUGUUUUCCAAAUUUCGUUCACUAGGGUUCCUUUCUUAUUAUCAUCUUCCGGAUAUAUAUUAGGGCAAACGGAUAUAUAUUUGCUUCUUUUAUUAGCAUUCCGACAACACUCCAGCAUAGACUCAUCGUGAUACCUGGACGUGGGCUGGUAAACGGAGGUAACAGGGAGCCUCAACAUCAGGACAUCAAGAAGGAAGCUGAUGAUGAUGAUGAGUACGGCCAUCUUGGCAUGGAUUGCUGCGGCUGCCAUGCCCAUGUCCAGCAACAUGUUGUCGUGCCAGUGCUGCAACCUUCUACUCCAAACACGGUCGCAAGCAAUGUGAUCAUGAAGUUCUGGGAUACUUAACAUUCCCUGUAUUUUUCUAGCAAUGUCUUAGUUAAGACGUAGAUGCAAGGGCUCAUAUAAAUCUCAAUGAAUUUAUAUUAGUUACCAUGAUAAUUUGAUUGUAUAUAUGAGCAUAUCCGAAUCAUUUUAGGCUUAUAAUGGCAUUUCCUUUAAUGAUUUA